UUUCAGGAUUUGCCGUCCUUUCCUAGCACAGCCUCUACAUCACAGGAAGACCAUGAAAGCAUUUUAGGAACCACUUUCUCCAGGAAAUUGAGAGUAACUCUGUUAAGCAGUGAAUGGAGAUCAACAAAAGGAGGCUUGUCAACCAUCAACCGAGAGCUGGCUAUUCAGUUGGCUAAGGAUCCCCAAAUGGAUGUCAGUGUUUAUCUCCCUCAGUGCAGUCAAGAGGAUAAACUAGUUGCUGCAAGUCACAAUGUACAUCUUAUUGAAGCAGAAGAAAUGCCAGGUUAUGACAACCCAGUAGACUGGUUGUCCUUUCUCCCUGAAAGCCAUUCUGUCGAUUGUGUGAUAGGACAUGGGGCUGUUCUUGGUCGGCAAGUGCAGGGUAUAAAACGUCAGUGUAAGUGCCAGUGGAUUCAGGUCGUUCAUACAGCUCCUGAAGAGCUUGGUAUGUACAAGUCCUACGCAGAUGCUAUUUCAAAAGGUGAGAAAAAGCACCAGGCUGAGGUAAAACUCUGUGAAAAAGCUGAUCAAGUUGUAGCAGUUGGUCCCAAGCUGGCUGAAGCUUUCUCAGGUUAUCUCCGUGCCUGUGGAAAGGAUCAAGAUGUUCUCAAUCUUACCCCAGGCAUCUUCUCUGAAUUUUCUGAGGUAAAUCAAGCCACUGAAGAAAGAAAAACAUUCAGUGUUUUAGUGUUUGGACGUGGUGACAAUGAAGACUUUCAGCUAAAAGGAUAUGACAUCGCUGCUCGCGCUAUUGCCGAGUUGAAAGACGAGCCACAGCCCUAUAAGCUGUUGUUUGUUGGAGCUCCAAGUGGAGAAGAGGAGAAAGUGAAAGAUUUGUUACUUAAGCAAGGCAUUGAUCGCAGUCAACUAACUGUGCGUUGUUUCAAUGAAAGCAGAGAGCAGUUAGCCCGAUUGUUUUGUGAAGUAGAUCUUGCUAUAAUGCCAUCACGAACUGAGGGCUUCGGUCUAGCCGCCCUUGAGGCUUUAUCUGCUGGUCUGCCUGUGCUGGUCAGUGAGAACUCUGGUCUUGGCGAGGCCUUACAGGAAGUUCCAUAUGGUUCAAACUGUGUGGUGGAAUCAGAAGAUCCUAAAGAUUGGGCCAAUGCAAUCAAAGCUGUUCGGAAGAAAAAAAGGAAGCUUCGACUGAGAGAGGCCAAGCUUCUUCAAGGAGAGUAUGCAGAGAUAUACAGCUGGCAGGAUCACUGUAAUAGACUUGUGGAACGAAUGCUUGCCAUUUCUCAAGGUAACUGGUUCACUUUUUAAUUCAAAUUGGUCUUGGUAUUGUGUAAUCUGCUGGCAUUGGGAAAUGUAAGUUCACGCAGUUAUAACUACAACGUGAGUGAAAACUUCACAACGACAAAUUUAUCAAUCUCUUUUUAAUAACUCCACCAGAGAAGUCCACCUACAUUUGCCAAUUUCUGAGAGUUUCAAAAUCGCGAUACGUUUCAACGUCUUCUUCCCAACCAUGAGGGUCGAAAGUAACGAAUUAUUCUAUUGCUACAUUUGCGUUUUUUUUUUAUGUAGGUCCCAGUGCAGAUGCGCAGAAUUUAUCUAAGAAAACCACUGUGAUCUGUCAUGAUGAAAAGCCCCCUACAACUGAAAAACAUCUUUAUAAAGGUACAGUUGAAUCUUAGAAACAUAAACAAUAUGUCCACAAGAGAAAUUCAUUGGUUUCUAUGUAGGAAGGACUGGGAGAUGUACUUAUUCCUUGUGGGGAUGUUAAAUAACUAAGAAAUGGUCGAAGCAUUGAACAAGACUCGUUUAAGACUGACUUACAAGGUCAAAACGUUUUCACGCUGGUUACAGGUUAACAAUCUUAGAUGCCGAGAAAUAAUACUCGUUUCAGGUUUACGUUUUUCAUGCUAAAUAUGGUAAUGGACCACGGCAUAAGGAAAUUGCAUUUUAUCAGAGAGGCUUGGUUGUUUUGAAUAUUGUAGGUUAUUUUCAGUGAAAUUUUCAGCUUGCGACAUCUAAAUGCUGGUCAUUGUUGGGUGUCGAGGUGAUAAGUAACAAUAGACCUCUUUAGCUUGUAGGUUUUGUUUUCCAAUGCAGGUCAUGUGUUAAUACUCUAGGGGACUGUUUCUUUCAAAUUAUAUCUUAUUCACGUGCAAACAUGAUCUGCGCAUAAAAAGGGACAAAGCGUCUAGUUCCCUCUGGACCUCUAUUGAGAAAACAACAAUGGAUUUCAGAAUCCGGGAAACUUUUGCUUGUGGAAUCUGGAAUUCGGGAAUUUUUUUGUGAAAUCCGGAAUCGUUGGCCUUGGAAUUUAACGAUUUGAAUCCUAAAUCCAUUAUCUGGAAUCUGGAAUCCCCAAUGUGGACUCCAGAAUCCAAGUCUUUCUUCUUCUGUGUUUUUGUUUGAUUAGUUCAAUUCAACAGAGCUUUGCAGCGUCUGGAAAUUACAACGUUCAGGGCUUGAACGCGCGACAGGUCUUUUUCAAACUUCUUUAACAGAAAAGCCACAUUUAUGUAGCUAGUUCGUACAAUAUUCUAUUUAGAAAUAAUGGUUAUGAAGAUUGACUAUCAGUGUUUAUUAUUCUAUCAAAAUAUUUCGCCGUUUCUGAUUGAUUUUUCAAGGAUAAGUUAUAAAGACCUGAAAAGGAAAACCCGUUCAAUGGACAUUUUUCAAGAGUCGACUUUUAAAGAUUCUUCGUUGAUAGAAUGGCCACAUUUAAUAGAAUUGCCACAUUUAUGUGGCUAGUUCGAACAAUGUUUUAUUUUGAAAAAUUGCAAAUAUAAUGGAUAUAAGGAUUGACUAUCAGUGUAUGUAGGGUAAAGGUAAAAAAAAAUAUAAUAUUGGGGAAAAGUACAAAAACAGUAUUUGAUUGGAUUUUAGGCUCGGCAAAGAAACGCCAGUCUUCCAAGAAAGGCAAAAGGCCGUUGUCUUCAAGUAACAUUCCAGCUCCAAAGUACCCAAGGCUAUUGAAAGAUGAAGGUAAGGUUUGUUUUUGUUCAAGUUUGAAUAAGGGUUAGUUGUUUCUUUUCAUGUAUAUUGUAUAUGUACAACCAUCUUAGUGGGGAAGAUGUUUUUCCGCAGUGUGUGAUACAGGCGGCUCGUAAAAAAAUUCAAAUACUCCCCGAAUAGGAGUCGAACCUAUGACCUUCUGGUUACUGGUAUAGAUGCUCUACCACUGAGCUACAGGAGACUGGAGGGAGCGUAGGCCACUAAACUAGGUUCACGUUACAAACAUCCUGAAAACUGCUCCAAGGACUAUAGGACUAGUAUCACACACCGCAUCGGAAGUAACACAAAGUGGGUGAUUUUGUGUUCCUUGAUUGAGGCUUUAUAAUGCCCGUACGGCCCUGCUUCCGGUUUGAAGUUGGACUCUCACAAGGCUUGAGUCGCUCUCAUUCACGCUUGGAGCAGAUUGUACGCUUUCCACGUCUGACCCACUCUCCCAAUUUCGAAACGUGCUUCAAAACACCCGCAAGCUACAAUAAGGCCAAUUCAGAUUUUGAGCACAUUUUGGCCCAAAACGUAGUCAAGUCGCGCUACAGUUGCUUGAGUGAAAGAUUAUGCAUGGUCAACGGUUUAGUUCCUAACUCAGUAUUUUUUGUUUGUUUGUUUGUUUGUUUUUUUUGCGUCGCUACCACAAGCGCAGCACAAAAACGUUUCCUCUUGGUUUAUUUGUUUGUUUUCAGUUAAGGAAUUUUCCAUCUGAAGUUUGUUAACUCUGACAAGAUAAACGAAGCCUUUUUGAGAUUUAUGACAUUUGCCUAAAGACUUUGAUGGAUCACCAAUGACGUGUUACAAAAGCAAAAUCUUUAAGGCGACGUAAUUUUACAAAGAAUGUGUUUUACGUGUAAAUGUGGGAGGAGGGUAAAUGUGGCAGUAUACUUUAGAACUUUUUGAUUGAAUCCCAAAAUGAUAAAGAAGUUAGUUUUUGUGGUGCUGUAUCAUGCAGUGAGGAAAUAAAAUACAGAAAUUUGGUAUUAACAAGAAUCGCCGAAAGGCGAUUUUUAACUGGGAUGCAAAGAGGCUAUUUUUUCUGAGGGGAGGGGGCGGCUAUACACACUCAGGCUACCAUAAAACCUUGUCGGCAACCAUUGCAUGCGACAGAAUCUCAUGUGAGACUGAAACAUAAACUCAUUCAGAACAUUGUACCCUUUUGAAAGACUUUCGUAACCAAAAAAAGAGUACCAUUUUUAAGUGGGGGCUGUAUAAUAACUUUUAAAUUCCGCCAUAAUGAAUAAAAGUAAACAAGUUAGCCAUUAAUUCUAAGCAGGAAAUGAUUAGCAUUAUUUUCACGCACCCCUCCCCCAAUCCCUCUGUGCCCCAAAAUAUAGCGUGACAGUUUAACGUGACCAAUUUGACGUAACCGGAAAUUCCAAAAAUUUUUGUCGUUCUACGAGCAUUAAGUGCGACGGACGGAGCUGAUUUACACCAGACAGAAAUAUUGUAUUGUAUGAAAACCUGGCCCCAGUUGUUCAAACGUUGGAUAGUGCUUUCCACCGGAUAAAUCACUAUCCAUCGGAUAGCGUAAUUGGUUUCCCUAAUACUUAUCCGCUGGAUAGUGAUUUAUCCGGUGGAUAGCGCUCUCCAACGUUUGAACAACUGGGGCCAGAAGUAUACUAAAACAGACAGCCAACUGCCCAUUCAUCCCGCCUGAUCCAGGGGCCUCUGACUGCAAUGAGACUUUGCUGCGCUUUCCACAAACAUGCGAACUCUAAACUUCAAAAGCCACCUUCACAAUUGUGUUUUUCGCUGCCGUCAAUCAUAAUUACGAUCACAAGCGACGAACCUUGAAACAGAGAAACACAAAACGGACCGAAAUCCACAAAUCACAAACCAUGACCUUUUGAACCCGUGAAGUAAAGUUUUGUUUCCUAAGAGGUCCGUUAAGAUAAGAUGAUUGACAGCAGCGAAAAACGCAAUCGUCGGUUGCCUUCUGAACUUCAGAAUUCGCAUGUUUGUGAAAAGUGCAGUGAAUAGACGAUCCUAAUUUGCGGUCUACAUUCUACAUCAAAACGCACUAUUUUUUCCGCAAGGUAAAAAAUAUUCAGUUUUAAGAUUUUCCUCUUGGCAUUUUUCUCUAACUUAAAGGAAUAAAAUCCUUUGCAUUUUGUGACCUAAAAAAGUUUAAAGAUUUCUCGCUCGCAUGUUGCUUUCAUCAGCACGCACUUCAAACAAUGUAAAUAGAUGAAACGAUCGACAUAUUCUUUACCUGAUACCGAUAUGAGUUAAAAAUUCGCUCGAGUUCAUUGUUUGUCUCACCCAUGACUAUCUUUUUUUCAUGGACGAUAACUAUGCCGCUUAAUAACUCCUCCGAAGUUUUUGUGCCAGCUAAACAAUAUGGAAUCACUAUUCACAGUCCUUAAAUAUAUUAGAAAGACUGAACGUGACGCACCAUUGUGACUUUGUUUACUUUUGAUCACAUCUUCAAGCGAAGUCUCUCUUUUAAAGCGAUCCAUCUCAAUGCACAAUAAUUGACCCUUGUAUUAGUUAAAACCCUAUGGUUCAUUUACUGAGUAUAUUAAUGCUGUUUUUGCCCCUCACAUUGACUGUGUUCGUUCGUAUUCAAAACACCUUUAGGAAAAUAAAGGUCAUAUAAGUCAUGUGUAUUAUGUUUCGAGAUAAAUGGAUUAUACGCUUUUUUAAGUUUCCAUUUUGCGGUGACUUCAGUUUACAUCUCCAUAAAAUGGUAGAAGAAAUAUCAAGAAACAUCACGAGAGCUGAAAAUUUUCAAAGGCAUGUUUCUGGAACUCGCUAAUGCUGACAUCAAUAUAGCGUGCUUGCUGAAUGGGCGAAAACACAGAAUUGUGAUCACAAGAUCAUGUACAAAUUUAAUGAUAAAAGCUUAGCAAGAUACAGAUACAAACAAAAGCAAACCCCCUGAAACCUCGACGUGGGCUACACUUGUAUGCUCUACUCAGUCACCAAACCUUGUCAGUAAUAGCUCCUAUUUUCCUCAAGUCAAGCCUUGAACUUGUGUGCGAAAUUCUCAGAGUUCCUAUUUUUGUCCGUGUCUUCUUUAUCCUCAGUAUCCGAAAUUUAGACCUCCAAAUUAAAUAGAAGGAAAUAUUUAAAAGAAAAGCCAGUCUUCUAACAUGGCAAAGUUGUCACGUCCCUCGCUCAUGGACGUGCGGAACAUCAGGAUUCAUCUGACAUUCAUCGGCAACUAAGUUGUUCGCUUCACUGACUACGACAGCUUACAAUCAAGUCUUCAGCCAUAGUGUCGUCAACUGGUGAAAUAAUUUGCUCAUAAAUUGUGCUUCUUAAUUGCUCAUGUACUACAUCGAUCGAUAAUGCUCUCUUUGAGUUCACGAAGCGGCCCCGACGUUCCAAACCUGACGCUCACAGUCAUCUUUUGGUGUGAACCUACCGUGAACGGCGUGUCGGUUUGUAUGCAACGUGAGCAUUUCUCUGAGUUUCCCAACGCCAACAUCAUCUAACUGACUUAAACUCGAACAAUAAAAAAAUUAUAGAGUGACUCCUAUGAUCGAAUCGCUUCGAACAACGCAAAUAGCCUUCUUCAGUUUCGCAACGCCUUGUGGGUUUUUCAGGGGGGAACGCAGACAAGGUACAGAAAGUAUCCGUGCAAGGCUCCGUGCAAGAGAAAAUCAUAUGAAACCAUUUGUGAGAACAUCGUUUCUCGGUACCAGACCCUCGUGUCUUCCCUCCCCCGGAUGGCCGUUUUUCGCCGCAGACGACCGAAAACCGAAUUUAUGACUGGGCCGCACAGGCAGCCCAGUAACUAAUGAGUUAAAAAAUUUAGUUCUAGCUCCAGCCGUCCGAUAGUUACUGUUCCUUAGCUUUCCUUAUUCAACGUUGUCUUGUGAAGCCUAUUUGUGCACAGCCAGAAAGAGCAAAUAGUGAGUUCACUAACGGUGAACUUACGCAAAAGGAAGCCGAAGGAAAGAAGACAGCAAACCUUGAGUGAGAAGCGUGUCAAUAAUUUGUUUGAAAUUUUUUCCGCCAAACUUCACUUUCCUUUAAACACAUCUCAGUUUAAAAGACCAGAAUACUUUAUUGAUAAAUGAAAAUCUCGACAAAACUUGUAAUUGAUAACCCAUUCACGUUUGUCACACACAAACGUUUUGCCGACAUCUUGGUCUUUCUGUCGUUUUUUUGCGUAAGCUCCUUAAUUUUAAGGAACGACGGUAAAGAUUUUCAGGUGGCGUAUAUAUUUUAACUUACUCACAAGCCACCGAAGGUAGAAAGAAUUUUCGGUCAUUCUACUGAUCAAGUGAAUGAGAGGUCAGUAUUUUACAAAUUAAUGAGCAAUACCUCCGAUCUUCUUUUUCCAGCAGACUCGUACAUCUCGGUUGUUGUGAAACUUCUCAAAGCUGAAUACAAAAGGCGCUCACAGUUGAGACCACUUCUUUGGGAUAGCACCAUCGAGCUACCCCUGGAUGACGUCUACACAAGACUUAAAAUCGUUUCAAGGCGAAAAGCAGACUUCCGGGUGGAUGAUAACGAGGUGAAUGCGUUCGACAUCUUCACAGCUCUUGACAAAGGUGAGGAUGUUAUGACGCUUGUUGAAGGGAGUCCAGGAAUCGGUAAAACUACAUUUUGCCUUAAACUUGCCUAUGACUGGGCACAUGGAAAAAUCCCAGCGGAGUGUUCUUUUCCCAAAUUCGAGAUCGUGUUGCUUUUGAAAUGUCGAGACAUACAUGAAGAUAUAAUGGAAACCAUCAGUGAACAACUGUUGCCAGAAGAUAUGGAGGAGAAGACUAAAGAAAGACUAUUUGAUUUCAUUAAGGACUUUCAUAACCAGGAGAAAACUUUAAUCAUUUUGGACGGCUUGGAUGAGCUUCCCAAAGAUUCCGAACGUUAUGUAGAUAAACUGCUUCAAAGAAGAAUUUUAUCAUUUUGUUAUGUUUUGGCUACCUCCCGACAAGAGAGGGGAAUUGAUGUACGGAAAAGGUACGGCUUCGAUAUCCUCUUGGAGAUUAAAGGAUUCACAGAGAGUGAUGCUUUUGAUUAUAUCAGAAAACAUUUUAAAAAUGUUGGUCCCUUGCAUUCAUCAAAGGGAGAAAGUCUCAUUAAGGAAAUAGAAGAAAACACUCUGUUACAUGCCCUUCGAAAUAAUCCGUUAAAUUUACUUCUUCUUUGUGUUAUUUAUGAGGACUAUGAGGGGAAUUUGCCGUCUUCCCGUUCUGAGCUCUACCAAGUUAUUGUACUGUGCCUUUUAAGGAGACUUUGCGUUAAACACAACCUAGAGGCUCCUAAAGAAAACAGUGCCUUAGAGAAACGAUUUGAAGAGACCAUUCUCGCACUUGGAGAGUUAGCUUGGUUGUGUUUGCUGAGUGAUCGCUAUUGUUUUCUUGAAAGUGAAUUAGCUGCGCUUGAAAGAAGAUACAAAGGAUUAGUAUCUCGUCACGUAGGCCUAGUUUACAAAGAAGAAAGUCUGAGCAGGUUAAAGCCUCAAUAUGAGUACUACUUUCUUCACAAGACCUUCCAAGAGUACCUGGCUGCCGCCUUUAUUGCUCACAAGUUGCGAGGAAACCAGUUAAGGUUGUUUGAGCGUCUUAGUUUUCAUGAACUAGUGAAAAAGUAUCGAGAAGUGUUUCUUUUUGUUUCUGGUAUACUUGGGAGAGAUGCAAGCAUUUUAUUCACUCAGAUUGGCGAGGAGCUAAAAAACUGGGGAAAAUGGGACUGGGUCCGGUGCACACAGUCUGGAAUGGUGACAAUGGAUGACCGAGAGAGGGAAGAUGACUGGUAUGACUGUCACAACUACGACGAGGGGGACCAAGGCUGGGAAGCAGCAACUUUCCUUACAAAAAGCAUCAGUGAAACUGGACAUGCUGAAAAAAUGGCAGAGACCUUCUGUUUCUGCUUACCGUUUCCUGCGCAUGUUGAGAUUACCCUUCCUUCCAGUUAUAAUAUUUAUCACGUUUUAGAGGCCUUUAGAAAGUUUUCAAAUUUGCAGAAGCCAGUUUGCCUUACGUUUCAUGAUCGACUCAGGCUGAAAGACAGUGACUAUCAGACUGUUGUAGAGUACAUACAAUUUUGCUCUGAGCUUCAGACUCUUAGCAUUUUUACCCUUGCAAUGAAAUCAGAUCUAGCCAUAGCCCUACGUAGCGGCUUAUCCGGAAACACGACUUUAUCAGAGUUUACUCUUGAAGUGUGUGGCAGUAUCCCUUGUGACGCAGCUGUUGUCAUCGGUGAAUUGUUGGCUUCACGUAAAUCGUUGAAGAACGUAAAAUUUCUACUUCGUAGAGUACACGGCGUAGCUUGGGCCAAUACUAUUGAAACUGGAUUGUCUGCUGACACUCUUUUGUCGUCUGUGAGCCUCAGCGUUCGUGGGUCAUUGAGUGAUACCGCGGUCCACAGAUUAGGAAAGCUGUUAUCAAAUGAAGCUGUAACCUCAUUUUCCCUAAAUAUUUUUGGGGACAUGCAAGACUUCCUAGCUACUAUUAUCGGUAAAGGAAUCGCACAACAACCCGCAUUAAAGUCGUUCAAUCUUGGCGUCAAUGGCGACCUUAGUAAUUUUGCUGUUAAUGUCCUAGAAAAAGGCCUUUUAGAAAAUCGUACUCUAAAGGAUUUGAAAAUGUCUGUCCGUGGAAGAGUUCCAGACAACUGGCAAGCUCUUCCGGAACGUGUUCGUUUGGGAAAUAAGGCGUUAGUUACUUUAAGUGUUUACCCAGGUUCGUGCGGAAGAAUAACGCAUAAUCAAUUGGCUUAUUUUUGUCCUGGUCUGGAUGUGGUCGAGAAAGGCUUUCAGACGAAACAACAUUUAACUGUAGUCCAUUGGGGUGAGCUGAGUUGUGAUGGGGCAGAAGCUCUAUUUGAAGCCUUGGUACUUUCCCCACUGACAAGCCUUACUUUAAAAGUGCAUGGAAAAUUAACUUAUACAGUGGCUAAUUGCAUUGCAAGAUAUAUAAGACGACACAAGACACUUUGCUCCAUGACGAUUGAUGUUUGGGGGGAAUUGGACCCAGAAACAGGUGCUAUUCUUCAGGGACUGUCGGUUAACCACGUGACUGUCGAGGUAAAUGUUCAUGACGCCUCUGUCGUCCCCGACGAAUCGUGCGAUUUCCUUGAUGUCUGUAUUGACAGUAUUGAAUCACUUUCAUCAGUGCUGAAUGCAAUCAAGGAUACCACAGAGGAAAAGAUCAAAUUAAAAAUCAUUAACGACGAUGGUGCAAGUAAAGACUGGACACACCUCGUAGGUGAUGCUUUGGCAGAAAACAAGACAGUAACCGCGCUCGAUGUUACGAUCAACAACUUCAUAAUAAACACGACAGCAGACUUAGGGAAUGAACUUGGGGAGAGUUUGUUGCGAAGCUCUUCUCUGACAGUUUUAAAUCUCGCAAUCAACAACUACAGUAACAUGGCAAAAGGCUGGGAAUGUAGAUUGGUGAACUGCUUGGCCAAGGUGACUUCAUUAACUACACUCAGUCUUGCAAUUGAAGAUCAUGGCGCGCAGAGGACAGCAGAAAGUUUGGGUGAGAGUUUGAUGGCAAUGACUUCAUUGACGACACUUUCCGUUGUAAUCAAUGGCAGUAAUUUGGAUGAAUUCUGGAGUUGCUUUUUGCGAAACUGUUUGGUGGAAAACACUUCAUUGUCCAUACUCUGUGUUACAGUUAACAACUACAAGAACAACAACGAGAAUGAAAACGAGAACGAGAACGAGAACGACAACGAUUCGGUUGAUUCGUUUUGUUACGUGUCAGCUGUCUCCGAUGAGUCUGAAUACUGGUAUAAAGGUCUGGCUGAUGGCUUAGCUCGAGCUGCAUCAUUAAACGAAUUGACUCUGACAAUAAACGAUGACACCUCUCCUUGUUACUCCUGGAUAGAGAGUGUGUUUGAAGGACUGGCAGAAAACGAGACAGUAACUACUCUUACUGUGACAACCAGCAGUGAUGACGAUUCCCUAUUUGGUGAGUUGUGGGCCUCUGAACUGCAUAAUGGUUUGGCGUUGAACAACUCAUUAACUACGGUCACCCUGAUAAUGAAUAUUUACUCUGAAGGUGAGCGGCUUGAAGGCUAUAACACAUACUGGUUUGAAGCGAUGAACCAUAUGAACACAUCAUUUAGUACACUCAAUCUGACCAUCAACAUCUGCAGAGAAGCCACUGCAGACUGGUUACCCAAUAUUUGCCGCCUUCUAGAGAAGAGGUCUUCGUUGACAACAUUUAGAUUGAACGUUAACAACCAUUGCGCUACAAAGGAA